GAGGGGAAGGGAAUUAAGGAUUAUUGCCGUUGACGAUGAUGGUCAUUCUCGGUGCUUGACGAUUUAUCUGCGAGGGCUGUGAAUUGAAAUUUCGAGAAUCGUUACUGGAGAUUUCUGAUUAUCCAUCAUUGCUUGUGACUCAAGGCCAUCUCAAUUGAACCCGCGCACAUCUUUUCCCACCAUGUCUUUAGAAACCAUAAACCUCCCUCACCUGCCAUCCUCUUCGCCAGUGCAUGUUGCGCUUUAUCGUGACUUGCAAAAUGCACCAGCUCUGAGACAGCAGCUGUUGGCAGGAAACGCUGACUUUGAAUAUGCAUUCAUCGAUGCAAGCAUGGUAUAUUCGAGGGCACAUGCUCUGUCUGCAAUUUUUAGAGCUGUGAACGAUUACUUUAACGGACGUCUCAAGUCGCGCAAUGUCCACUCGGAGAUUGUCUUCUCAUUUAGUGCCGCAAACAAUAUUGCCGAUUCUUUCAGAAAAUUCGGUAUUGCUGAUACAACAAAAGAUCUACUGGUUGUUAAAUUCUCGGUAACUCCUGAGGUCACGCAUGAAUCAGUCGCUGCGCAUCUGGGACAGUCCGUGGAAGGCUCGCCCGUUCCUUUCAACGACGAAACACUAUCUGAAAUCUCAGACGUUGGAAAGAUCAAGAAAGCUUACAAACUGGGAGCCUUGGCUACUCCUUCGAAGGCUACUCCCAACGGUGCCCAAGAUGAAGAAAGGCGACGACUGGAGCUGUCUUUGAUCGGCGCUAUUGCAUUGCGAGGCGCAACCUAAUUUUACGACUUGAAAUCGUUCCUUAUAUAUGACGAGCAUAACCUACAUGAGAUCGGACACGGUUCAUCUGAACUAAGCUUGAUCUUGAUUGUUCAGAUAGCCUUUUGGCAUACUCGGCCUCGAAAGAGCUCAAAAGAGUACUUGUUGGCCGGAAGAAUUGCGUUCCAUGACCAACAGUCCGCUACCAACUAGGCUGUCAUGGAUCUUCUUACUGGUGCGAAGCUUAUACAAAAUUUCCUCUGAAGCUUCGAGUCAACUUUGAUGGAUUCAAUCAUUGAUCCAAAGAUACUAGGCGACCGGAAAGGCGUCCAAUUUUGCUGCUAUUGAUGGCUACAAUUGAAAUACCGGCUGCUUUGAAAGAAACUAAAUGUACAUAGUACCUUCAUAUCCUUCAGCGUUAAAUACAAAAAGCAGACAUUAAAGAAAAAAGAAGUUUUGUCGCACUGAAUUCCGGCCGUUGCCCUGCGAAC